AUGGAAUUUAAAUUCAAAGUUCUGUACGGAUCACCUAAUGGAAAAAUCGUGGAGAAAUUGACUACUCGACGCCUUGGCGACAAUGAUGUCUUUAUCGAGACCACACAUUCCGGCCUAUGCGGAACAGACGAGCACUUCCUCCAUUGCGAGCAAGCUCUUGGACAUGAGGGAGUAGGUGUGGUAAAGCACAUCGGUUCCAGCGUAACAAGUGUAAAGGUCGGAGACCGGGUUGGAUUCGGCUUUAUCCGACGUGUGUGUGGAAGAUGUGACAACUGUCUCAGUGGCUGUGACAACCACUGCAGAGAGAAGCGAGCAUAUGGCCAACAUGACUUCGAUGUUGGAUCAUUUAGCCACGGAACUGUCUGGAAUGCCGAUGCCGUCUAUUCCAUUCCGGAUGGAUACGAUUCGGCCCAUGCAGCACCACUUAUAUGUGCUGGUGCUUCUGUCUGGUCUUGCCUGACUAAUAAUGGAAUCCGCCCUUCUGAUCGCAUUGGUGUCGUGGGAAUAGGCGGUCUUGGCCAUCUCGCGAUCAAGCUUGCAGCGGCACUUGGAUACAAUGUGGUGGCAUUUUCAGGCUCCGAAAGGAAACGUGAAGAAGCGCUAGAGUUUGGAGCAUCAGAAUUUUAUCCCUUUCCCAGUAUUCAACGGGGUGUCCGCAUUAAACCCGUCAAACAUCUUCUAUUGUGUGGGAGCUCCGAUGUUGAUUAUGCCUCUCUACUUGAUUUGGUUGAUACAAAUGGGGUUAUCUAUCAUAUUUCUGUGACCCUGGAACCUACUCCUAUCCCUCUAGUUCCCCUCGGUCAGAAGGGGAUACGGAUUCAGGGAUGUUUCAUCACUUCGAGGCGCAAUCUGCAAGAGUUAUUGGAGUUUGCGGCGCGGCAUGAUAUCAAACCGACUAUCGUGACUUUUCCUCUUACCAAAAAUGGCCUUGAAGAGGCGUUCGAGAAACUGAGAGCGGGUGGUAUCCGAUACAGGGCAGUCCUGAAGCACUAG